AUGCCUUCACACGCGCGAGGUACGCUGGCCGAGGAGCUACGAGUACGGCUCUGCCGGUGCUACUGCGAAGACCGAGUUGUUUCGAUCGAGACCUGGACGCUCCUGUUCGUGGAGGAGCCCCACCGCUACUUCGGCAAUGUGUGCGAGCUGGACACCAUCUUCAACCCCACAAGCGGCGACCGUCGGCCAGCAAUUCGGCGAGCCCGGCCACAGCGUCACGGCGAGCGUAGCGGUAGCGGGCACAGCGAGAGCAGCAUGACGAGCAUGGCGGCGACCGGCAUGGGCGAGAGCAGCACGGCGAGCAUAGCGGCGGCCAGAGUAAGGAUCAGCAGCAUGGCGAGCUUGGUGGCGGCCUUGUCGGCGACGGUCAAUGCGAGCCGAAGAUCGUUUCCGCGCGCUCAAUCCCAAACCUCAUUUCCGAAAUCGCCAGCUACUGCUCCAGCGCGCUUCCCCAACUAUGCCGUCGACCGGCUCGCAUUGACCGUCGCCGCCAAGGCCGCCACCAAGCUCGCCAUGCUGCUGAUCCUUACUCUGGCCGCCGCUAUGCUCGCCGUGCUGCUCUCGCCCAUGCCGGUCGCCGCCAUGCUCGUCGUGCUGCUCUCGCUGUGCCGGCCGCCGCCAUGCUCGUCAUGCUGCUCUCGCUGUGCCCGCUACCGCUACGCUCGCCGUGACGCUGUGGCCGGGCUCGCCGAAUUGCUGGCCGACGGCCGCCCGUGCCGCCGCCGCCAUGCUCAUCAUGCUGCUCUCGCUGCCCCGCUACUGCUACGCUCGCCGUGA